UAUUUGUGUAGUAAUAAUCCAGCCUUUGUUGUUUAAUUAGACUUUUAAUAUAAGUUGAUCCUACCACACAAAUUAUAGACAAACCAAUUAAAAUCAGUAUAUAAUUACCCUAUUAAAUUUUUUAUUGUAUAAUGUAACUUCUGAAACAUCAAAAUCUACUUAAUAUCAGGGAAAAAAUAUUUUGCAUUUCAAAUUUCCCCACUGACAAUGCCUUUUGUUUGUUUUGUCAAACAACAAUUGGACUUUCCCUAAAACAUGUUUGUGUUUUUAUUCUUACUUCUUACUUUUAUAUAAUCGAUCUAAGUUAAUUUUUACUCCUGUUAACUUUAGUUAAAGAAAAUUUUGCAUGUGUAAAAAGGUUCGAAUUACAGUCAUAUUCGAAUGUGAUACAACUUUGGUCCCAGAACACAAAAAUAAACAAGAUGAUUAAUGAUGAUGUGUCGGGUCAUCCUUUUAUUUUUCGUGCCACAUGUUUUGAUGGCAGGCAAUUGUAAUUACGGAGAACGUGAAGUUGUUGAUGAACAGGGAAAAAAGACAUGCAUGGAUUGUGCACUAUGUCCAGUUGGGCAGCAACCUGUUCAAUGUGAUGUAAACAAAACUUAUGUAUAUCCCUUAAAUGAUACGUGUGGUGAUUGUCCUAGUGGGUAUUUUAAUGAUGAACCAAGUAACUCAUUUUGGUGCAAAAAAUGCCCAAAUUGUGGUACUUCAGAAAGAAGAAUCUGUACAAAAUCCAUUGGUUUGUGUGUUCCUCUUACAUCACAGUCGCCUCGUACACAGGCAACAAAAAAACCAAAUAAAUCUCCAGCCAGAGAAACAACUACAAAAGUCCCCACGAAAAAAGUACCAACGAAAAAAGUACCAACGAAAAAAGUAACACAAGAGACAACUUUUGAAAAAAGUAGCUCUACAACUAUACUACCUGUUCCCACAGAAAUUGACACAACACUGAAAACACUGAUUCCAUACAAUCCAUCAAGCAACCAGAAAACUGAGUCAAAUGUCGAUUUGACAACUAUUAUAGUUGUAGCUGUUAUUCUCGGUUCUUUAAUAAUUAUCGCAGUGAUAAUUACUAUUGGAUAUCUUAUAAAAAAAAGAGUUUUAUGGCCAGUAGUCAGGUUUGUACCUGGGGCAAAUGAAGGGGCACAACUAUUAAAUGUGGAAAGACCACCAUCUAUUUGUGGAAGUUGUAGUCGUCAAACUAAUCACGGAGGUCGUUCCAAUGCAGGUGAACCAAAUGAAAAUAUUGUUAGCCGUCACGACCGAAGUGAAGACGUCAUCGAUAGUGACGAAUUACGAGUUGACCUUCCUCCAUCAAGUACAAUUGAUGAGACAGGUGAAAAUGGGCCAACGGGUGACGAGGAAAGAGUGGAACUGUUAAGCAGUACACCAGGACGCGGUCCAAGUGAAAGUAAGGAUUCUGAAAGCCAAGUUAAUCCACCUCAACAAAAUGAACCUUCCAGUUCUCCUCGUUCAUCAGUUCCAAGUGCAAUUUCCAAUCCACAUAACAAUUCGAGUAUAGAUAUUACCAACAACGUCAGUUCUGCUUACCAAAUUGGUAAUAGCACAAACGAAGGCACAUUGUUGAUUAAAACUCUCAACAAAGAUACACCUGCCUUCUGUACCGUGACAGGGUGUAAAAAGAAAUUUGAAGGUCUAUUGACAAUCUUGCCAUUGGCCAUAAUUAUGGCAAUGAGCGAUGACUUAGUUAGAAAGUGCAACUCAAAUAAAAAAGAAAAACUUGAUAGAAUCUUUAAACUCCUGUACAAGGAGAAAUCUCAUUACGGAGUUGACAGUUUAGAAGCGUUAAUCAACGAUUAUCUUUGUCAUGGUCGACCAGACACAAAAAUUUCUACAUUUGUGCAUGUCAUGAGAAGCGGUUUAAUCGAACUAAAUGAAGUGGUUGAUAUACCUCUGCAUGAAUACCUCUGUUCACCGCAUUAAUUUGGGGUUGAAAAGAUUUUAAGAGCAUCUUCCGUUGGACAGUGCUUAUACUAUGAUUGAGACAAAUUAUGUUUUCCUAUUAAUUUUGAAUUUUUUACUGUUUGAAUAUUCAAAUAUACAUUGACAAUCCCAGGCAAUUUUAAAGAUUGCUUUAAAGAAAAAUCUCAAGAAGGAUUUGGAUGUUUAAAAUAGGUUGAAAACGAAUGAAAACUUAAAUCUGCAUUAUAAAUAUAUAUUUUUCCUCCCUCGCCUGUUCACCAAUAAUCACGAUAUUUCUGAACACGGCAUAUUCAAGAAGCUGGUGCGGUAGACUUAUUUUACCUGCGAAUGUUUAAAAACUUUUGUUACAAUGCUUAUUCCAGCAACGAUUAAGUUAAUAGUAGUAAAAUUUUAAAUUGUUUCCUGUUUUUAGUAGAUGUAACUAGAUUUUAACGAAUUUUAGAUAAUUUAUAAAUCUUUUUGAAUUUUUGAUGCAUUACCUGUUUAUUGUAAAGUACACUGUGUGUUUAAUGAAGCAAUACAGCGGGAAUUCGAUCUAGCAACCCCAAAAUACUUUUUAAGCAGGCUGUUUUUUCAGAUAACCCUCUUAGUUUUAAAUUUCAGAAAAUAAAACUUUUCAGUGUCGUAGAAAAAUCUUUCCUGUGACACUUGUUCGUUUUAUUUCUUUCCAUGUUUUUCUACAUGAAAGGAAGAGGUGGAACUGAGUUGCUUUCGACUUAAUUUCAGCUAGAAAGAAUAAACUUUUUCGUUGAACUUUGAGAUAACACCAACCUACCCGAUGACAUCUGAUUUAUUUCAGCCUAUGAAUAUAUAUGAAUAUAUAAGAUUUAAAAAACCAUCGUCUGUAUUGUAUGUAUAUUUUUUUAUUUUAUAGUUAUUUAAUAUUUUUGACAUUGAGUUUUAUACACAUGGCGCAAAAUGAUUUAUUAUUAUUUAAUUUGUCUUUUUUGUUGAAGCAAUUUCUGUACGGUUUGUUGUAAUAAUUUGGUAAGUAUUUUUUAAAUGGAUUUUUCAUUUUUUAUUGUACCCCCAGCAUGUUUCUCCAAAGAGAAAAUGUUUUCCGCGAAAACUAAAAACUUUAUAUUUUGAUAUUUAAGUUGAAAUUUUGCAAUUUCAGUUUAAAAUUUCACAAAAAAAAAAAAAAACGGUUUGAUUGAACUGAAUGAGGUUGUUGAUACACCUUUGCAUGAAUACCUCUGUUUGUUGCAAUAAUUUUGGAUUUUAAAGAUUUCAAGAGCAUCUUCCGCAGGACAGUAAGCACUGUCCUUCGGAAGAUGCUCUUGAAAUCUGGGAUUUAGUUUCUUUUCUUUAGUUUUUAUCAGUUUCUUUUUCCUGGAUAAAAGUUGAUGAAAUGUCAUUCCUUUCUAUUUUGAAUAAUUUCCAUGAUUUGCUCACCCUGUUUUUUCAACCCCUUAAAGUAUGUUAGUGAUUUAUAUUUUUGUUGAAGGAAUUUUUGUACGUGUUGUAAUAUUUUGGUACGUAUUUUUUUAACGGAUUUUUUUUAUUUGUUUUGUACGUACAGCAUGUGUUCAUAGAACAAAGUUUUUCACAAAAA